AGGGGGGGAGCCCGCGCGGCGCCGGGGCCCAGGCGUCUUCUUUCCGGGAUUCGCUUCGAAGAUGGCCGAGCCCGAGUUGCUGCUCGACUCCAACAUCCGCCUGUGGGUGGUCCUGCCCAUCGUCUUCAUCACGUUCUUCGUGGGCAUGAUCAGGCACUACGUCUCCAUCCUUCUUCAGAGUGACAAGAAGCUCACCCAGGAGCAGGUGUCUGACAGUCAAGUCUUGAUUCGCAGCAGAGUGCUGAGGGAAAAUGGAAAAUACAUUCCCAAGCAGUCUUUUCUGACCCGAAAAUAUUUCUUCAAUAACCCAGAGGAUGGAUUUUUCAAAAAAACUAAAAGGAAGGUGGUGCCACCCUCUCCAAUGACUGAUCCCACUAUGCUCACUGACAUGAUGAAAGGAAAUGUAACAAAUGUUCUCCCCAUGAUUCUUAUUGGUGGAUGGAUCAACAUGACUUUUUCAGGAUUUGUCACAACUAAGGUCCCAUUUCCUUUGACUUUGCGUUUCAAGCCAAUGCUACAACAAGGAAUUGAGUUGCUCACUUUAGAUGCAUCCUGGGUGAGUUCUGCAUCUUGGUACUUCCUAAAUGUUUUUGGACUUCGAAGCAUUUACUCUCUGAUCCUUGGCCAGGAUAACGCUGCCGACCAGUCUCGGGUGAUGCAGGAACAGAUGACGGGAGCGGCGAUGGCCAUGCCUGCAGAUACUAACAAAGCUUUUAAGACUGAGUGGGAGGCUUUGGAGUUGACCGAUCAUCAGUGGGCCCUCGAUGACGUGGAAGAGGAGCUCAUGACCAAAGACCUUCACUUUGAAGGCAUGUUCAAGAAGGAGUUACAGACCUCCAUUUUCUGAAGAGUUGAACAGAUGCUUGACAUUUCCAGAAUAUCUUUACUUUUUAAGCAACACGUGUGAAAAAUACCUAGAAUAAGUAGGACCGUGUGCGGGGGGUACCCAGCAAAGGAAUAUUUGGGACUAAACUUGUUCCAUUUUUCUGUUUAAAACUAGGGGGCUGUUUAGAUGACUGCCAGCAGGAGGUUUCACAAAAAAGUAAAUUUGGUUUUCCUGCUUAUAUUUUUAUUUCUGAUAGUCAGGGUCGGUAAAAGGAAAAUCCAAGCUGGUAAUAACAUGGGGUAAAAUUAUCCUUUUGAAGAGAAGCGUUGGGAAUUACAAGCCACAUCCGUCUUAUGCCUGUAAUCUUCCGUAUACAUUCUGCAUACAUCAAAAGAACAGAAGGUACUUAUUAACUGCACCCUAACUAGCCACAUGGUAAAUGCUGUCUGGAUGUAACUUUUUCUUUGAUUAAAUGUAGUAAGAAAAAGCAGUGUGUUCUUUUUACUUUAUAGUCACCUUGUUCAUUUAAUAAAGAUGUAACUAACAACA